CAGCAGAUAGUUAAGCAAGAGAUGGUCAGUGGGAUACGUGUUAAGGGGGAGCCCAAUGAGGUGCUUGGCUGUCUAGCAUGCAUGCAAGCCAAGUUCACCCACUACCCGAUCCAUAGCUCGGAGACAACGGCAAAGGCUCCACUUGACGAGGUGGUGAUGGAUGUGGUGGGCCCCUUGAAACUUGGAGCUGCUAGAGCUGAGUACUUCUUCACUAUAGUGGAUGUCUACACUCACAUGACUUGGGUGUAUGUGAUGCCCAAGAAGAAUGACAUAGCUGAAACGGUGAAGACCGAUUAAUUGCCGAUGGUGGAGCGGCAACAAGACCGACUUGUGAAGGCGAUUCGCACUGACCGUGGGGGAGAGUUCCUGAGCAAGGACUACUCAACUUGGCUGAAGAAACAGGGCAUAAGGCACUCUCUUACCAUGCCCUACUCUCCUGCAAUGAACGGCAUCGCUGAGCGUGUGAAUCGGACACUCACGGAGACGGCUCGGGGACUUCUCAUUAAAGAUGGUCUACCCAAAUAUUUUAGGCCGGAUGCAGUGCGGCAUGCAUGUGUGGCCAAGAAUAGAGCCUCGACCCAUGUGGGAAUAGACAAAUAUGUAACCCAUAUGGAGUGGAUUGGAAGGAAGCCGAAGAUGGAUAUGCUUCGGGUGUUUGAGUGCAUGUGUAUGGCACUUGUACCUAAGAAACUUCGGCACAACAA